UGAUAGUCGAUAUUCUCGAAAUCCCAUUCUCUUCUGCUAUCUUUUCAAUCUUUCUUAUCUUUCUUUAGAACCUUCAAGUAUACUUGAUUUUGAUUUGGAUUUAUUAAAAGAUUAGUUUUUUAAAAAAUGGCUAGUAUCACUCUGCAAUCUCUACGUCAUCAUCAAAGACUACCAUCAGAAUCAGCUCAACAAGAUCUCAUUCAAUCUGAUCAUGAGCCAAUCUCAUCCAAUUCUAUCUUCAAUCGAUCAAUUUCAACCUCACUACAUUCUCCUAACUCAACCGAUCUUCAACAACAAUGGGAUGAUGUCUCUCCUAAUCCUGAUUUCGAAUGGGUUCUCUUCGAUCCUAAUCCAACUCAAUCUUUCACCAGCAUGCCUACUCAUGACGGUCGUGGUCAAUUCUCUCCUGAUUUAGAUUUAGAUUCUGAUUUUGAGGACCUUCAACCUACUCGUUCUAUGGCUCGAUCUCUUACUGUCUCGGAUUUGAAUCUAUCAAUCCCAGAGACUCAACUCUUCCCCGUGAAUUGGGAUGACGAUGAAGUAGAAGAAGAUGUACUCUCAAUACCUUCUUCGCUUUCCUUGGGAUCUCCUCGCUCUCAGUCUCGCUCUCAAAGGGAACGGACUUCUGAUACACAUUCAGUCAGGUCUAACUAUGCACCUGCAGCUUCGCCAAUCGAUUCAGACGACGAAGCUCUUUUCACCAAUCCACAUGCCAUCUCGGCUGGCCUCUCCACAGCUCGUCGAAGUACAAAGAGCACAAUAAGUGAUCGUGCACUUUCCAUUCACUCAGCUUCGUUGCCUGACGGUCGCGGUCGGGCAUGCGGUAGGCGGAUGUCAGACAACUACUCAACUAGGAGCCACAGUAACCGUACUGGACGCGGAAGUCACUCUAUUGCCCCUCGGUCCCUGAGUCGAAAGCCUCAGCCACUCUUGCCAGAGCUUCAUUCAGCUGGACCAAUUCGUACCGAACGGGUUGCACUACGAUUCUUGGCCAGAGUUGCCAACCGGAUCAUGGCACUUGAUUCAGACACGAUGACCAUGGUGGCUGAUGUAGAUUUGCCUCAGAGUAGGACACGCAGGAUCAGUGUCGAUAGACAUAAUCAAAAUACGAAUGAAAGAGUCAAGUUCUCAAUUGGAGAUGGUGAUGCGGGACUUGUAAAUGGAAAUGAGCUCAGUUCACCACUUGACUUAUCACGAUUUUCAGCUUGGGCAGGAGAAGGAUCAGAGAUCCAAGAACAUAUACAUGAAGAUGAUGAAAAUGAAAAUGGUCAACAUCAUCAUCAUCAUCAUCAUCGUCAUCAUCAUCAUUGGAGUCGUGUAUUAUCAGAUUGGACAAAUUGGUGAUGUACACAGAUAGGUCUUUAAUUCUUGGCGAUGGAAAUUGCUCAUUUCGAAAAUCCUCUUGACUGAUUUCUCACGCAUUGAACUUGUAUGUCAAGCUUGAUGAUUAUUUAUUUGUAUAAUCAUAUUUGUUCUAUUUGGUGUGUAUCAACUUUUAAACAUGUCUUGAACUUGAAGAUGUGAUUUUGACUGAU